AUGGCAUUUAAUAAUUCAAACUUGUACACCACCGGCAUGGAUGGUUCAAAAAGACCGGAACAGAUCUGUCUUAAAUUUCCUCCCAAAGUUAGCUCUCCAGGCUGGUCUGCAUUUCUCGACCACAAAGAAAAUGCAGAAAUGCUCAUGGACUUUUCUUCGCCAAGACUUCAUCUCCAGAUGGUUAUCACCUUUGUUCUCACUCAAACAAUUCAUAGUCUGCUGAAAUAUCUGGGACUGCCAAUGUUCGUCUCCCAGAUUCUUGCAGGGAUAAUAUUGGGCCCUAUGGUUUUCAAGCAACAUUCGUUGAUUACAAUAUCAGAGGACAGUAUUGUGGUUCUGGGUACUCUGGCAUCCUUGGGAUAUGUAUUCUUUUUAUUUUUGAGUGGGGUGAGGAUGGACGUGAGCAUGGCAUACAAGUCUGGAAGGAAGGCCUUAUGUAUUGGUUUUCUAACAGUGGUGGUGCCUUUAAUAUUUUGUUUGAUGACGGUUAAGACCCUUCACGCAGAAGAUGAAUUGUUUAAAAACAAAACUUUCUUUCUUGCAGUAACAUAUUCCGGUACUUCAUUUCCAGUCAUACAUUGUCUUCUCAGUGAGCUGAAAAUCCUGAAUUCGGAACUUGGCAGGCUAGGACUAUCAGCAGCACUUAUUGGUGACAUCGUGUCAUUGGUGCUAAUGAAUAUUAGCCAAUGGGUGAAGAUAGGGCUUGAAAAAGGAAUAGAAGUGGUUUUGGUGGAUUGUGGACUGGCUAUAGUCUUUGUUUUAGUGGUGGUAUUUGUGCUGCGACCUCUGAUGAAAUGGAUUGUGAGGCGCACGCCUCCGGCUGGCCAGAUAAAAGAUGUAUUCUUUUAUUGCGUCAUUUUGGUGUUCAUGAUGUCACCUAGGAUUACGGAAUUAUUUCAUAUAUUCCUUCUCCUAGGCCCAUUUAUUCUAGGUUUGGCUGUGCCAGACGGACCCCCAUUGGGAUCUGCUUUGGUCGAAAAGUUGGACCCUAUUAUUUCAGGGUUGUUUUUGCCUUUGUUUGCUACUACAUGUGGCAUGAGGAUUGAUUUGUCUUACCUCAAAAAGAGCAACCUAUAUGCAAGACACCAAGCAAUUGCUGCAGUUGUAACACUUAUUGUCAAAUUUGGGGUCUCUCUGGUGCUGCCCUUGUUAUUUAACAUGCCCACAAGGGAUUCUUUGGCACUUGCUUUUAUAAUGAUAACCAAAGGUAUCGUUGAGAUGGGUUCCUAUAGCAUCUUGAAUGACAAUCGGGGUAUAUCUGAGGAUAUAUUUGCUUUCAUGUCUAUUUUCAUCAUUUUGGUAGCAAGCAUUGUGCCAAUAUUUGUGAAAAGCCUCUACGAUCCAUCAAGGAAGUAUGUAUGCUACCAGAAACGGAGCAUCAUGCAUUCCAAGCUCAAUGAGGAGUUGCGAGUGAUUGGUUGCAUUCAUGUACCGGGUAAUGUCAAUUCUAUCAUUAACAUGUUUAAUGCCUCCUGUCCAACCAGAGAAAGCCCCAUUACUCUUGAUGUCCUUCACCUUGUUAAGCUUAGCGGGCGAGCCACACCACUUUUCGUUACUCAUCAAAAGCACACGAAAACCCUGUCCAAAAUAUCAUACUCUGAGAACGUGGUUCUUGCUUUUAAUCAGUUUGAGCGGGACAACUGGGAAGCUGUAACAGUGAAUGUUUUCACCGCAGUUUCUCCACCAAAUUUGAUGUACGAGGAUAUAUGCAACCUCGCCAUGGACAAGUUCACAUCCUUUAUAAUACUUCCAUUUCACCGGAGAUGGUACAUUGACGGAAGCAUUGAAUCAGAAGACCAAACUGUAAGGAGCCUAAAUUGCAGCAUCCUGGAAAGGGCGCCUUGCUCAGUAGGAAUCCUUGUUGAAGGCCGCCGCCAUCUAAAACGUUUCAAUUCUAAAGUUUCAUCAGACUCUUCAUCAUACAACAUUGCUGUGAUCUUUUUGGGUGGUAAAGAUGAUAGGGAGGCGCUAGCAUUAGCCAAACGCCUUUCCCACGACAAAAGUGUUAGCCUAACUGUAAUUCAUCUUAGAGCCACAAACAGUUUAGGCGCCAUCCUAGCUGAGACUGACAGAAUGUUUGAUGAUGAGAUGUUGAGGGAGAUUAAGGAAAGUGUAUGCGUGAGAUACGUCGAGGAGCAGGUAAAUGAUGGACCUGAAACUUCUACGUUUCUUCAAUCCAUUGUGGAUGACUACCAGCUUAUCAUUGUGGGAAGACGAUACAAGAGUGAAGAUCCCCAAACAUCGGGUCUCCAAGAAUGGAGUGAAUUUCAAGAGAUUGGAAUUAUUGGAGACCUACUUUCAUCCGCAGAUUUUGGUGGCAAUUAUUCUUUGUUGAUUGUGCAACAACAACAACAAAGGAUUGCUUAA